CAAGUCCACGGUUGACAGUUUCUCUCUUCUCCGCCGGGUUUCUUUGACUUUCAAACACUUCAUAGAGUUUAUUUAUUUUGAUGAGGUUGCUGUGGACUGUCGUGGUGUCAGUGUUGGUGUCCCACUUUGGAGGCAGGCUGUCCCGGGACAAACGCUCACAUCUGUAAUAACAGAUACACGGCGACACACACACACACACAGUCACACGCACACACCCGAGGGGGAGGAGGACUUGUGCGCGUCAACAUGCCUGUGCGACAGAAAGAUGCUCAGCGCGCCCUGGAGCUUCUCCAGCAGUACCGGGCCAAGCUUGACCAGAGACAGCAGAACCAGAGCCGGACCAAACAGGGCCUUGUUGAGGAAGACCACCAGCUGCAGCAGUCCCUGGACAGAGUCAUCAAUGUCUUCCAAAGUCAGCUUUUUAACGCUCUGCUUGACAUUCAGGAGUACUACGAGUUGACCAUCCUUGAAGACAGCAAGUGCUCUGUGGACCAGGCAGACGGUCCAAGGAACGUCCCGGCCCCCUGUAACUUGCCAGCAGAGCUCUCAGCCCAACCACAGCCUUCCUCUGGUCCCCUGAGCCCCCAAGCUUCUGAAGGAUCAUUCCAGCCGAAACCCCUGUCCCCCAGACCCAAGUCAAUCAAAUCCCCUGCCCCUCCAAUCCCAUCUGGAGCACCCACAAGAAAACCAUCUUCCCCUACAACACAGUCCACUACACCUCAGUCACAGCCAGCCAAGGUCAAGUACCGUGCUCCUCUCCCUCCUGUCCAGCCUGGGGCCUCCAAAUCAUCGGCAUCAGACACUCCUAUGUCCUCUUCUCCCACAUCUCCUGGAGUCAGAGUGAAUGGUGCAGAAACCCCCACUGGUUCCAUAAAAACACCUCCUGGAGUAUCACUGAAUGGAACAACAAAACCACGUCUUACUGCCACCAACUCUGAUGUUUCUUCAGGAAGCUCCACCACAAAUUCACAAAGCUGUUCUGUCUCACCAGAAGUCAACCUGGUGACUGUCUCAGCCCUCGUCUCCAGCACCAUCCAAGGCCUUGUGUCUCCAACACCAGACAAAUUUACCACCACCAGCCCAGGUCUUAACAGGGUCACAGACGCUACCACAAUCUCUACAGCUGUUGUGACCAGCAAGGACCCAGGCAUAGGCAAAGCCACUCCCAGCACGAGUCCAAUUAGCCCCAACCAGGGCAAAUUUACCUUCAGCAGCCGCAGCCCAACAGUUCAACCAGGGCCUUUGAUGAAAGGGCCUCAUCUGAGUCCAACAAGCCCUGGGCCAGUAAAAGUCACCUCCACUAGUCCUACCCAUGGUCCAUCCAGCCCCAGGCCAGCUACAAGCCCACUGACCCCCAACAAGGCCAACCCCCCUCCAGUCGUGGUCAACACCGAGAGCGUCGACACCCCCCCAUAUGUCAAUGGAACAGAAGCAGACUAUGAGUACGAGGAAAUCACGCUGGAGCGGGGUAACUCAGGUCUGGGGUUCAGUAUCGCAGGAGGGACUGAUAAUCCUCACAUUGGAGAAGACCCCUCUAUCUUCAUCACCAAGAUUAUACCUGGAGGGGCCGCAGCCCAGAAUGGACGACUCAGGGUGAAUGACUGUAUAGUCCGGGUAAAUGAGGCAGAUGUUAGGGAGGUGACCCACAGCGGGGCUGUGGAGGCGCUGAAGGAGGCGGGAGGUCUGGUCAGACUAUGUAUACGACGCAGGAGGAGCCUCACUGAGAGAAUCAUGGAUAUCAAGCUGGUCAAAGGGCCCAAAGGUUUAGGGUUCAGUAUAGCAGGUGGAGUUGGAAACCAACAUGUCCCGGGCGACAACAGUAUCUACGUGACUAAGAUCAUCGAGGGAGGGGCUGCACACAAAGACGGACGGCUACAGAUAGGAGACAAACUUGUGGCUGUGAACGCCUCCUGUUUGGAGGAGGUAACCCAUGAGGACGCAGUGGCUGCCCUGAAGUCGACUCCUGACGUCGUUUACCUCCGUGUGGCCAAACACACCUCCCUUUUUAUCAAUGACAACUUCCCUCCACCCGACGUCACUAAUUCGUACUCCCCACAUCAAGACAACCAUAUAAGCCCCUACAUGAGUGGCAGCCAGUCUGUAAGCCCCGCCCCGUUGACCACGCCCAGAUACUCACCGCUGCCCAGGGCCAUGACUGGAGAAGACGACAUCACCAGGGAACCCAGGCGGGUGGUGCUCCAGCGGGGGUCCACGGGUCUUGGUUUUAACAUUGUUGGAGGGGAGGAUGGAGAAGGGAUCUUCAUCUCCUUCAUUCUUGCUGGAGGUCCAGCUGAUCUCUGCGGAGAGCUACGAAAAGGAGACCGCAUCCUGUCGGUGAACGGGGUGGACCUCUCCACUGCAACACAUGAGCAGGCAGCCGCUGCUCUGAAGAAUGCAGGACAGACCGUUACCAUAGUAGCACAGUACAGACCUGAGGAGUACAGUCGUUUCGAGGCGAAGAUCCAUGACCUGAGGGAACAGAUGAUGACCAGCAGUGUCAGUUCCAGCUCCACAUCGCUCCGCUCCACACAGAAACGCACACUUUACGUCAGAGCGUUGUUUGACUACGACGGAAGUGCGUCAGAUCUGACCACGCCCAAUCAGGCCCUGCCAUUUCAUUUCGGGGAUAUCCUCCACGUGAGCAGCGCUGGCGAAGAGGAGUGGUGGCCCGCCCGUCACCUCAGCCCCCCGCCUCCAAACUGCCCCGAAGUCGGAGUCAUCCCCAGCCGCAGGAGGGCAGAGAAGAAGGAGAGGUCGCGGUUAAAGACAGUCAGAGUGACGAGGUCUCAGGACAGAUCGGAUCAGGAUGAUAAAGAGCUGGUAACCUCUGGCACCAGCGAUAGUGAAAGUUGUUCCUCUGGCCAGGAGGAGACCCUCCUCACAUACCAACCUGUCAUGCAGCAGGAAGUUAAUUACACACGGCCAGUCAUCGUACUCGGACCAAUGAAAGAUCGGGUCAACGAUGAUCUCAUCUCCGAGUUCCCUGACAAGUUUGGCUCCUGCGUCCCACAUACAACGCGGCCGCGACGAGACUACGAGGUGGACGGCAGAGAUUAUCACUUCAUGUCCUCCAGAGAGCUCAUGGAGCAAGAGAUCCAGGAACACAAGUUCAUAGAGGCUGGACAGUAUAACAACCAUCUGUAUGGAACCAGCAUACAGUCUGUCAAAGAAGUCGCUGACAAGGGUAAACACUGUAUACUGGAUGUAUCAGGGAACGCGAUAAAGCGUCUCCACAUGGCAGGCCUACAUCCCAUCGCUAUCUUCAUUAGACCACGCAAUGUCGACAACAUCCUAGAGAUGAACAAGCGUUUCACCGAGGAGCAGGCGAGGAAGACCUUCGACCGAGCUGUCAAACUGGAGCACGAGUUCACUGAGUACUUUACCGCUAUAGUCCAGGGCUCAUCUCUAGAGGAAGUGUAUUCGCAGGUGAAGCAGGUCAUUGAGGAGCAGUCUGGUCCUUACAUCUGGGUGCCCACCAAGGAGCGACUCUGAACAAACACACACAUACUACAUGAUCACACACAUCACUCUUUCAACACUUCAUACUUCUCUCAAUUUUCUAUUAUCAGCCUGCUUCCUUUCUCUCUCUCUUUCUUACACACACACACCACUACAGUAUAUACACACACACACACACUUACACAAGCACAUACAGUCGGAUGAGGGCUGGGACUAUCUGGGACUGCUACUUCCUGAAGUGGGAGGAGCUAAAGUCUGUCCAGCAGCCUAUUGGUGGAUCUUCCUACAGCUUGGUUCCUUAAUGUUUAAGGAGGUGGUUCAAAUCAAGGCGACAUGUACCAUUAUCUAAUUUGAUUUCAUUAUUGUUCUUCUUAUUGUUGUUGUCGUUGUUGUUUUCAUAUUAACGAAGGGUAAUGCAUUCAUGUAUGGGUUUGUAAUGAUAAUAUUGUCACCAAGAGGCAGACUUUUGCACGCUGUAGCUUUAAAAGCAUGUUUUUGGGACAAAAUCUUGAUCUCCUUCCCUGUCUGUCUGUCUGUCUUUCCUCAUGGCACUGCUCCUGUUUAGAGCUUUUCCCUUCCUUGUCUUUUUUCUAUCUUUCUCUCAUAUUCCAUCGCUUCCUCCUCUUUUUCCUCUUCAGACUGUCUGCAAACUUUAAAUAUGAGGUGAAAACUUUUAUAAUGCGCCCCAGCAUUUUGGUAUCGAGGGCCAAAAUGAAACUAUAGUACAAUUACUGUUUAGAGAUGUAGCAAGAAAAUAAUCCUAAGCAUAAGACACUUGAUAUUUCUUGUAACAACCAGAAAUUCAAAGCUUAAAUAGCAAAUUUAAUUAAAUAGCUUUAAAAUAGAUAAAGUAUGGGGUACUCUGGGCCAAAAAUAAAUUGAGUAAAUAGGCCUCAUAAUUGUUUUAGAGCCCAUUUGAAAGCCUGGGCCAUAUUUGUCAAAUUUCUGACAAUUAUUAAGAACAACCUCAGUAGCCAAAAAAAGAAUUGCUUAGGACGCAUUUAUCAACCGUGUCACUCCUACUUACACCAAACUUUAAGAGCAGCUUUCAAGUGAUCACAUCAUGAUUAAUGACACUUGCAAUUAAUGACACAAUUGCACCAUGAUCAACACAAGAAAAAGAACAAGUGGUAAAAUCCUAUCAAAUCUUCUAAUAACAUACAAAUAGCCUGUUUUGAAUUCAACAUAUUGCUUCAGGUAUGACCAAUAUGUUCCUCUAAAACAUUUAAAUUUGAAGUCUUUGAUACAUUUUUAAGGCUAGUCUGAGUAAAAGUGAAGGGUUUUUGCUUACAAUUUGGUAAAUACAGGCCCAGAUCCUCAAAUUUAAAAAGACUAAGUCCACUCCAUUCCAUCCCACAAGGGCUUCUUUGCCUCCCCUCCUCCUCGCCCUCUCUGUCUCAUGCCUUUAUCUCUCUCCUCCUCCCCUUCUCCACAUCCACAGUGUGACAUUGGUUGAGCACUCCAGCAUUAAACUGUGUAUCAUCUUCUUCAUCAACAGUAUCAUCACGAUCAUAAUCAUCAGCAUCAUCGUUAUAGCUUUCCUUCUUACUGUAGUUGCACUAAUGAGGGCUGGUUUCUUAAAAGCAUCUUAGCGUGACAGAAAUGAUACCAUCCCAGUGUUUCUGGUAUUUGGAUGUGUGAUACACUCACUUUUCUUUCUGCUGUCGGUGGUGACCAAGCUGGUUUGAAAGAGAUAAAGACGUCAGGGAACAGUUUUUGGUUUUUGCAGUUUUCUCAUUUGCUGUACGUCUUGCUAUUGUUGUGUAGUUAAAGACAUCAGUCUGUCAGCACUAACUAGUCAACUGCAUUAGCUCUUCUGGCAGCAGGUGUCUGCAGUUAUAGGUUUGAGCUUUUAGUCCCAGUGUGCAUAAAUAACACCUGAAACUAUAGCACCAUUUGUGACCUCUGCACUCCAUAGGUUACUCCAUGAUACGGGCACACGGUGGACAAUCAAAGUGUUACAUUUUUACCUGUUAUUCAGCAAUGGGUUGUAUCUUCAAGGGUAUUUUCAUCAUCCCAUAGAUGUCUACAGUCUGCCCAGAAAGAUAAAAUGUUUAACCAUUGUCUAAAUCCACCACUGCCGUGGCCUCCACAGUUGACCACAGACUUUAAAACAGUGAAUUUCCAUAACAAUAUUUUAUUCUGAAGCACUGUUUCUAGUUCUAUAGGUGCUACAACAGGCAACUUUACAGUACAAGUAGCCUUUUGAUGCUGGCUUUGUCUCUCUUUGCACAUCUGUUGUCUGCAGCGGUCUUUCCAGAGUCUCUGCUGCUCGUAUUGUGGCAGAGACUAAGGAGAAGCUACCUCUCUUAACAACAAGUGAAAACACGUCACAGAAUAUGUUAAACUUUACUCCCGCUGAACAAAAAAAAAAGAAAAUAAAUAAAAUGCUCACUAUGUUGUAUGGUGUAAAGCAGAGGCAGGAGUUGAAACCUAGCUUGAAAACAACUUUUCUUCUAGUAAUGCAGCUGUUUCACUGUCCUGUUCUUUUUAUCAGGCCAAUUUACAUGUUGUGUUAAAUAGUUUUAGUAGCUUUAUCGUGCUAUGGAGCAAUGUUUUAUUUAUAAUGCAUGAGCAUGAGGGCAUCCACGGGCAGCAUUAUUCACAUCUUGCCAUUAGUUUCACACUACGCCGCUGAAAAGCAGCUUUGGCAAGAACAGCAGUGAAUGUAACUUUUGAUUGUUUACAAAGACAUCUGUCACAGUCUGUGGAAAUAAACCAUUUUAAUGUUGGUUUAGCUUCGGGCAAACAUUUUAUAGUCGACAUCUGUGAGAUCCCAAAAAUAUCUUUGGUGACACAACCCUCUGCUGGGGUAGGAGGUAAAAAAAUAACGAUUUGGCUUGUACCUUAAAGCAACUAUAAUCAAUAUUUUUAUAAUAGUAAUGUAUCAAAUGACAAUGUGAAAAAAAUGUGACAAUGUGAAAGGGGUUGCUCUUAGUGAUGAAUUUACAGAGAAUAAUGAUCAGAAUGUGCAGCUCCCCUCAGAGCUUCACAGCGAGUUUCAGUUCAUUGUUUAUCUGUCUGGCUGCAGUUUUACUGUUCUGGUUCACUCUCACUGCUCUCAUAGCAUCAUUACAGUAAAAAAAAGCUCUAAAAACCCACUGUACAUGACCUGCUUAGCUGCAAACGGCAGACAGACACAGUUAGAGACUCCCUGGUGAACAUACUUGAGCGUUUAGCAGCUAAAGAGCCAGAUAUUUCCCUCAGGAGAUGGAGACCAAAAACAGAGCUAUUAAAGAGAGUGAAGUCCCAAAUGGGGCUAACCUGAAACAUGACAAUAAUCUCUGUUGUCAAGCAGAACACUUGAAAUACCAAGAUGCUUUUGGUAACACAGCCCCUAUAUGGACCUUGUCAGCCAUCCACUUCCCAUCUCCACCUUCAACCCCCGAGGCGACUCCUCCAUGCUGACUGGAGACCAGAGACGUGCAGAAUGGCCGUUCUGUCAACAGAGUAGCUCUUAAACCCCAAAUAAUAAGUAGUUUUGACCACAUGUGUUUUGAAAGCUUUAAUAUUUCCUCACAGAAUGUUCAGAUAAAUUAUUACUUUCCGUCUGUAAUCCUCUAUGAAUCCAGUGAACCCGUGGUGUCGUCAGUUGACAGAACUGGACUCUCUGUAAGACUCUGGCUGUGUAUUUUAGCUAGGGGACCAUGCCACUGUCUGUUAGAGUAAAGCACCGAUGCAAAGAAUCUAUUACAGAGAUGGAUCUAUAUCUAACAUAUUAUAAUAUUUAUCCCUGCUCUAACUGCCUAUUUUGGUACAAAAAAAAAUAAAAGUCUUUAUUGAGAUUUACUGAAAUCCCUUGACUGAUGACCGGAGAUGAUUAUUCUUUUUUUGUGUUGUGCAAUGUGUAUGAAUGUGAAUAUGAUAUAAUAACAUGUAAAUAUGAAUAUUAUUUACUUUACUGCAGGUUUUUCUCUAUUGAUCUGUCUAAUGUGCUUUUUCAGAGACACACAGCUUGUUGUCUGGGAUGGUGAAGCAUCUGCUGACUCUUUAAUGAUUAAAAAGAUUCCACUUUAUGAACCAAAAUAAAGACAUAAUCAGAAAACACAAUCAUAGUUCUUAACGACAGCGGUUACAAAUACAGAAGCACAAGUGAAGUCAACCACAUUUCAUUUGAAGGAUGAACAACAGUCAACAA